AGCCUCGAGCUGAACAUAAUUCCAACUUCACCACAUUCGUUACAGGUUUUCCUUCAGCAGGAAAAACAAACGCCCCGCAAACCCAAAUGUCGUUCUUUAAACUGUCGCUCGCGACCUUGCUGGCCGCCGGCAGCGCUUCCGCCGCGCCCGCCGCCGAGCUGUGCCCGCCGAACGGCAUGGUGGCCUCGAGCUACUUCGCCGGCUUCCACGCCAACCGCGGGUUCCCCGUGUCCAGCAUCCCGUGGGAGAAGUACACCGACGUCAAGUACGCCUUCGCCGAGACGAACCCCGACGGCACCCUCAACCUGUCCAAGUCCGCCCCCGACCAGAUCCCCGCAUUCGUCGCGGGCGCUCAUGCGCACAACGUCAAGGCCCUCAUCUCCAUGGGUGGCUGGACCGGAAGUCGCUUCUUCAGCUCCGCCAUUGCAACGCCCGAGAACCGCACCGCCUUCGUCAAGAACGCCUUGGACCUUGUCCAGCAGUACAACCUGGACGGUCUCGACUUUGACUGGGAGUACCCCAACCGCCAGGGUCUUGGCUGCAACGUCAUCAACCCCGACGACACGGCCAACUUCGCCCUCUUCCUCCAGGAGCUGAGGCAGAAGCAGCCCAAGCAGCUGUACCUGACGGCGGCGACCAGCCUGUUCCCGUGGAACGACGCCGCCGGUAACGCCAGCACCAACGGCGCGCUCGCGCCCUUCGCCCAGUCGCUCGACUACCUCAUGGUCAUGGGCUAUGACAUCUACGGCGCCUGGGCUCCCACCGGCGGCCCCAACGCCCCCCUCGCCUUCGCCUGCGACUCGCGCAACAACCAGGGCGGCAUCACGGAGGGCGUCAACAAGUGGGUCGCCGCCGGCAUCCCCACCGAGAAGAUCGUCCUCGCCGUCCCCGCCUACGGCCACGGCUUCUCCGUCAACUCGACCAGCGCCUUCACCGCGCCCGGCGUCCUCAACGCCUUCCCGCCCCAGAACAGCAGCAACCGCUUCCAGGGCAGCAGCUGGGACGACGACCCACCGGUCGACGAGUGCGGCAACGCCCAGCCCCAUAGCGGCACUUACACCUUCUGGAGCAUGAUCAACGAGGCCAAGUUCCUCGACGCCUCCGGCAACCCCAGCCCGGGCAUCGCCUCCGGAUUCGACAACUGCAGCCAGACGCCCUUCCUUUACGACCAGGCCCGCCAGAUCUGGGUCUCGUACGACAACGUCCAGUCCCUGGGCGCCAAGGGCCAGUACAUCAAGUCGAACAAGCUGGCCGGUUUCGCCAUGUACGAGACUGGCGGCGACUUCAACAACAUCCUCCUGGAUGCCAUCCGCUCUGGUGUGGGCUUGUAAGGGACGUCGGGCUCGGGAGGGUCGAUAGGUUAGAUGAAAUGUCUCGGCGAUAGCUUUAAUGCGACAUUUUCCCCAAAGGAUACGAUACCGUGCUUUCUGUGAUCGUCCGUUGGGUCGUGUAUGAGACGACUUACAUUCAUUCGUGACACCAUCGGCUCGAGAUGUGAUUGCGUGGCGGCGUAGGCCAACAACCUGAAGGGCUCUUCCUGGCGUGCGUAGAAGUUUCAUUCUAUCUGCCCUACGGGCAACGAAGGUCGUGUUGAAGCAUACAGCUAUGAGAUGCUACGACUCUAGAGCCAAUUGUGGCUGUCCUUUUCGCUGUAUACUGAAAGCCAGUUUCACCCGUUGGUGAAAGGAAGUCCGGGAACUGCUUUGAUGGACAGCAGGCAGACUAGUCAGUUUAAACGGCAUUCAUGCCAUCCUUACAGAACAAUGAACACAACCAGCCUUGUGAGUCUUUGAGU